UUUACGCGCAUGCGUAUUGCGCGUACAUUGUAAAGUGUGGUGGUGCUGCUGAUAAUGAUGAUGAGACGGGCUGAAGACGGUUCGGUUCGGUUCUACUGUACCGCGGGAGCCGGUAUGGAGGCGUUUCUGCUGGACGAAGUAAAGCGCAAACUGAACGCUACAGAGGUGGAACACAUCCCCGGCAGGGUGUUUUUCCGCUGCCGCUCAAAUCUCCACGCCAUGAUGCGACUCAAGUCAGCGGAGCGACUCUUCCUGCUUCUGCGCAAAGCUCCACCCACUUCCUUACCCACAAAUCCAGCCAAAGCAGCAAGCGUGAUACAGCAGAGGAUUGUGGGAAAUCCAGAUUUGUGGAGCGCCGUCAUGUCCAGCUGGUCUUCGCUGCAGGCGGAGCUUAACGAAUGUCCAGGGCGGGGACAAAAGAGGAGACGAGACGAGGACAAGGAGAGUCUGAAUCCUCCUACGUUUAGAGUGAGCUGCCGCUGCAGCGGAGUCAACGCCCGCUCUUAUAACUCCCAGAACCUGAAUCGUGUCAUUGGGAUGGCCAUCAGCCAACAGCUUGGAUGGAAAGCUGACCUUCGAGAGCCAACUGUUGAGGUGAACGUGUAUAUAAGCGAUGAUCACUGUGUAGUCGGGAUUCCUCUUUUAAGGCAGCCUCUGGCCACUCGCAGUUAUCUGAAGCACACAGGACUCAGGUCCACUAUAGCUUGGGCGAUGGCGUCUCUCUGUAAUCUGCAGGAGGCCUCAGUAGUUUUAGACCCCAUGUGUGGAGUUGGCACCAUAUUGCUGGAGGCGGUGCAGGAGUGUCCGAAUGGUGUGUUUAUUGGGAUGGACAGUGACGGAGCUCAAUUAAAGAAAGCCGUAGAGAAUGUACACGCGGCUGGACAGAAGGAGAGAGUACUGUUUGUCCAGUCCUCAUGCAUGGCCCUGCCGCUCCCCUCGUCCUCCGUAGACGCCGUGGUGUGCGACGUCCCCUUCGGCAGGAAGUUCAGCUGCGGCAUGGACAUGAGCGCCGCUCUUCCACACCUUCUAGCGGAGAUGGAGAGAGUUCUCCGUGAAGGUGGAACCCUGGUUCUCCUGCUCAGCCUGCAACUUUCCUCCCUGAUCAAGAAACUGGUCCCGUCGGAGGCUCUCGAAUCGCAGUCCGUCGGUUCCACCUCGGAGACGGACGUCUUUCAGGGUCCUUUGAAUUCUCUGCUCCUCCAGAGCAAACACCGCGUGAGCCUCGGGAGCACCGACGCGCUCGUACACACCUACACCAAGACACACGUGCCACGUGACGCACAGGUGUCAGACAUGAAAUGCACCGUGUGAGGGUGCGUCUCGGAAAAUCCGUCUCGCAUUGUUUCCUUCCAUUUCUCUCUUUGAACUGUAAUCCUGUGGCCCUCGUAUUUAUGGAUUUGUUUUUUUUAUCUCUUUUUUUAGAUCCAUUAAACUUUUUUAUUCCUGAA